AUGGAUAUAUAUUUAGUAGUAGAUGGGUCAGGAUCUGUCAAAGCAGCAAGAUUCGAGCUGAUGAAACAAACUUUGGCCGAUAUUUUACCAGAUUUAAAUGUAUCACCAAGCGUGGUGAACUUGGGUUUGGUUGUGUACAGUGAAAAAGUUUACGAUGUUUUACCGCUGACUGGUGACGCCACUAAGCGGACUGCAGAGAUCUUGGCACUACCCUUUCCCGGAAGUUACACUUCAACUGAUCUCGGUAUCGCAGAAGCCACCGCCAUGUCCACAAGAUCUGGAAGAUCUGGUGUACCACAGAAGACCAUUGUUAUAACUGACGGAAUCUCUGGUGAACCGCAACAGACUGUAGCUCGAGCCACUGAUGCCAAAAACGCAGGGAUUGAUAUGUACUCGGUUGGUGUUGGUGGUAAUGCUAAUCCACAAGAACUGGACAAUAUUGCUUCAUCUGUAGACCAAGUUCAUCUUGCGGACACUUUUGACGUCUUGGGCGAUGUUUUGAGGGACAUAGUCAAAGGAAUUUGUAAUGGUGUUCCUGCCGUAGAUGUUUCAGAAAGAUUAGCAUUCUAA